AUGCGUGCGCGUGAGGAACGUUCAUGUACAGACAGCAGUAACGCCUGGCUUCCUGCACAUGUCCGCAAGAUCGAGGCUCAGCCUGUUGCCAAAAUGGAUUUCGCAUCUGCAACGAUGAAGAAGCGACGACUGGAUGAAAAUAUCGACCCAUCUCCAAAGCUUUCUGCGAGGAAACCGGCACCACCCCCUACAAAGGACGAGUGGAGUGCGUUUUUCGGCGUUGUGACUGCCUCGGGACUUCGACCAGCAGUGCUGAGCACCAACUCCAAGUACAGCAGUUUGUACAUGCCAGCUGUCAGAACCUGCAAUGGUGCUGAUCUGCGCCUGCUCUAUGACCAACGAGCAGUGAAACUAAAUUAUGAUGAACUAAUGGAGCAGUGUGAAAAGACUUUCAGUGGUCUAGUCAUCAACGAGGCUGCAGUUCACAGCAUUGAGCAACGUACACGAAACCAGGUGAAUGCCAAGCCUCAUCCGCAUGAGGAACAGAAACAGCUCCUCAAACUGCGUGAGGACAUUUCUGGAAGAAUAUCGUGCACGUUUGACGAUAUAUUUGGACCUGAUGGAAAGCAGAUCGAUGUGUACCGGGCAGUCAUGGAGCCUACCAUAGCCGAGGUCAUGAUGGGCUACAACUGCACCGUAUUUGCAUACGGUCAAACAGGUUCCGGCAAAACAUACACUAUGGAAGGUGAAAGAUCGGAUGUGAACCUGUGCUGGGCUGAUGACCCCUCGGCUGGUAUAAUCCCACGUACCCUGCAGCAACUGUUUAAAGAGCUUCAGUCCCAGGACCUUAAAUUUACGAUCAAGGUGUCCUUCCUUGAGUUGUACAAUGAGGAACUCUUUGACCUGCUCAGUGCACUUGAGGGCACGUCAAGGCUGAACAUCUUUGAGGACUCCUCUCGAAAGGGUUCAGUCAUAAUCCAGGGCCUCAAGGAGAUCACAGUGCGCAACCAUGACGAAGUGUUAUUAAUGCUCCAGAAGGGGGCUGCAAAACGUCAAACUGCUGCUACACUUCUGCACGCUACAUCUUCACGCAGCCACUCGGUCUUCUCGAUAACCAUUCACACCUGCGAGAAGACUGACAGUGGUGAGAAGCUGAUUAAAAGCGCCAAGCUCAACCUCGUGGAUCUUGCGGGGAGUGAGAACAUUGGCCGCUCAGGUGCAAUUGACAUGAGAGCACGUGAAGCAGCCAGCAUCAACCAGUCUCUGCUUGCAUUGGGUCGUGUCAUAACGGCCUUGGGGGACAAGGCCCCACACAUCCCAUACAGGGAAAGCAAGCUGACCCGUAUCUUGCAAGACUCACUGGGUGGUCGCACAAAGACUUCCAUCAUCGCGACCAUCUCGCCCGACAAGACCAAUCUAGAGGAGACCUUGAGCACAUUAGAAUAUGCUCAUCGGUUUCAGAACAUCAGCAACCGCCCGGAGGCCAAUAAAAAAAUGACGGAGCGUGCGCUCAUGAAGGUGUAUGUAGACGAGAUCGAGCGUCUCGGAAAAGACCUGAAUGCAGCAAGAGCAAAGGAUGGGGUGCUUCUGGAGCAGGCGCACCACAGUAAAAUGGUGCAGAGGCUCGCUAACCAAUCAGACUACAUCUUGGAAAAAAAAGCGCAGAUCGAGUUCCUAAACGCAAAGCUUCUGACAGUUACAGAACUUUUUGAGAGGUCAAAGCACCAAGUUGCCGAAGCAACUGAACAGCUCCAGACAACAACUGCUGAGCUGCACAGCACAAAGAGAACCUUACAAGCAAAGGAACAUGUUCUGUUCAAAACAAGUAUUGAGAAAGAAGAGCAAGCUUACCUUGUGCAGCACCACCACAAGACAGAGGCUGCACUUACGGCAACUGCUCGGGAGUUGGCUGGCGUGGCACAGGCCACCAUAAAAGACAUUGACCUGCUGCAGCAAAAGCUUCAGUGCACAUCUGCCAUUGACCAGACGAACAAGGAACGGCAGUAUGCCUUUGUGACCAGCUCAAGUGUGCUUUUUGAUCAAAUUGGAUCCAGUGUCUCUACACAGCUUGCUUCUCAACGGGAGACGCUCACUGGCAUUGGAGGCUCAUUCGCCUCUCUAAGCAGCCUCAUUCAGGCACAUCAAGCUGCUGUUGCUGCAUACACGUUGGAAGCCAGGAAGUUUGCUGAUGAGAGCGCACAAGCCAAUUCCUCCAUCGUCUCAUCACUGCUGUCCGCCGUGAUGGCUUCCCAGGAGCAGCAGGCAGAUCAGAUGGCAGCUGCCUUGACCAGCAACCAAGCAAGGCUGCAAAAGCUGUGCCAACCUCUUGUUGUGGAGCGCAUGCAAGCAGCACAAAACAAGCUGCAAGAGCUGGAAAAACACCGGUUGACUCUGGGGGAGCAGGUUGCAUCAAUGUGCCGCCUUGUCUGGGAUGAGGUCAGUGCGCACCGCAAUCGGCAGGUGCUCCUUAUAACAUCUAUCGUCGAAGAAAAUGAUAAGUUGCAUCGACAGUUGGCCGCCAGCAAUGAAGAGAUCCGGAGACUUUCAGCUGCAAUGGAGACAACAAGCACAGAAGCUGAGAAGAAUAUGGCAGCUUUCAUCCAGCAGUUCUUUACAUCACAGGCUAGGAACAACGACAUCAUUGCCAAGUGUGAUGAGCAGAUUAGUGCACUUUUUGCCAGGGUUGAAGAAGCAAGCACUGUGCAUGCGUCAGCUAUCGAGAGCAAUGCAGAAUUGCUGGUCAAGUCCUCAGGAGGCCUUGUUUCCAGCGUGGCUGCUGUGCACCAGGAUGGUGCCAAGGCAGCGAGCGAUUGCUUGGCUAGGGCAGAAGAGGCUGCCCGCAACCUUUCUGACAUACACAAAGUUGUGGAAGAGAGCAUCUCUGAUGAGGUGGCUUCUACGUCUGCUAUCCUAGCAGAGCAGGCGAGAGCUGCUGUUGAUAGAAUGGUAAAGUGCACAAGUGGCAUCACAGAAGCUGUCGCUACUGCAACAGACACUGCACAAGGCCAAGCUGACAGAGCUAAGGCCAUGGCGGGCGAUUUGGUGGAGAUUACAGAGUCGCACAGCUGCUGCCAGCUUUUGUCAGAGUGCCAGUGUGGCACUGUGCAAACCGCACAUGCACAGGACAUUUCCGAAGCUCUUUGUGCAGGCAUUGCCAACAACAUGGCAAUAUGCUCCUCGGUGGUCACCGACUUCUUCCAGAAUGACCUACAGGAGUAUGUCCCCACUGGCUGCACCCCACAGAGACAGGAAUACCGAUACCCGACGGAGUUGGCACAGACGUCGCCUCAUGAGCGCAUCCUCAACAGGCUCAGGACGGCCACUGAUUCUAACACUGCAACUAGCCUAGUGUUGCCUACAUCUGAUGAGGUAAUUGCAUUCAUGUAUGUGUGCAGUAGCCAUGACAUUGGGCAUCAUAUUCUACUUUGCAUCAUUGCAGAUGCUUUUGUUAGGUCAACAAUAUUGUUGAGCUACCAGUUAAAGGGUUAACAUGACGAGUUGCAUUCGCUCAGAUUGGGUACUACUAAGCACCGGAAAGUUGAUUUACGCAAAUGUCGAUUAACCAUUAACCGCAAUUUUGUAGUGAUACCUUUUCCACUGCGACUCUUUGCAAUUCGUCAGUGGUGUAAGAACGGCGCUCCGCCUGCGUUAUAUGGUAUCAGCCGGCAGAGAUCGGUUUAGAAAAGUUCAUUUAGAAAAGCAACCGAAGUUGUGGCUGCAAUGGCUUGAAAUGAAUGUUAGCCGAACUUUUGUCUACUGCAGGGUGAUGGUGGAUGCCAUCUGUUCUUGCAUGUGCAAUUGUCAAAGGUAUAUACAAGUUAAUCAACGCAACUAUGCUACAUUGUAUGGCCAUAGGAACUGGAAUGUGGGCACUUAAUUGUUAAAAUUAGGCCCAGUGCUGAUGGUAAUGUGCAAAGUGUCCUAGCUAUUAUGCUUAAAUGAACUUCUCAGGGUUUGUAAUGUUGAACUAAAUCUGAAAUUGGCUAAAGCAUGGUGAACUUGUGGGACCUUCGAACAUUGUAGAAUUGCAAGAAAAGUAUUAUGUUUAUUCAACAAAGACUGAGACUGUUGUUCAGAAACAACAGACUUGUUUCUGAACAACAGACUCUUGUUUUGUUUCUGAAAAUUAUCGGCACUUUCAUCCUCUUCUGUGUACUCCCCAGCAGGUGAAAUGAGCCUGUUGCGCCAUUUCUGCUAAGUCCGAUUGUAAAUCUGCUCCAGUGCCUUGACUGCAUCCUGUUCCAUGUAUACACAUUUUCCCUUUAGGCUCCCUUAACAUUCACAGGGGGCAUUGUCUGGACUCUAAUAUGGGUAAGGGUCAGAGUUCUCAGUGUGCACCCUUGCCUUGCCACAAUGGUUUCCACAACUGCCCAAGUUCUGGUCUUUUUCUUGGGAUGCGUUUCCUCGUCAUCGUCUUCAGAACAAGUCUUUAGUAGUCCGCUUAUACUGUGUUGUCUUGAGGAACUCUGUGCUUGUUCACCAUACCUUUGUGUGGUCAAAAAAUAUGCUCACCAUUGCCUCAAACGUGCUGACCAUUGCUGACCUCUGUGUCCUAGCCCUUUGUUUUGCAAUAGGGCCCAUCGAGUGCUUUGGUAUUUCAUCUGUAUAACAGCUGUUUAACAAAGUAAAAAAAAUAUUGCUUUGAAUUGUUUCUUUUUGUGAGCUUGUUUCCAGUGCUGUCUUUGUAAGCAGGCGCUGGCGGGGCUAGUCAAGCUGCUAAAAAGCAACUUUUUUUCCCGCUAUCCUCACCCUUUAUGUACAUUUUUGUUUAGUACUGAUGUGCCAUAAUGGUGAAAUAAAGCAAAUCUCAAAUCUCAUCAGCUGCAAUUAUGGCUUCCCAGUAAUAUUCUUUUCAACGCUGCGUUGAAGUGGUAAACAAUGUGUUUCCAUGCCAGACACAAUCUUGUAUUUGGACUGAAGUAAGUAGGCAAGGAAUCCAUCGUGC